CUUUAGACCGCACGACGUUUGUUUGAAAAUAUAAACAAAUUUUGAUCAACACGUGUAUUUGAAGCAAUUGUGACUUUUAAUUAUGAGCAUUUUGACGUUUCACGGUAGUAAUUACUUUCGUCAGAGGCUGAUUUUAUCCACUAUUAGUGGAAAACCGAUACAAAUAAAAAAUAUACGAGAUACUUCUGAUGAACCUGGUGUAAAUGAUUAUGAGCACAGUUUUUUGAAGUUGUUAGACAUAAUUACCGAUGGUUCAGUGAUUGUUGUUAAUGAAACAGGUACUGUUGUAAAAUAUAAACCUGGUUUAUUGCUCGGAGGUAAACAGCAACAUGAUUGUUGCAUUGGAAGAGCUAUUGGUUAUUACUUGGAGGCUUUAUUGUGUCUUGCUCCUUUCUGCAAGAAACCUCUUCAUAUUACUUUGAAAGGAGUGACUAAUGACAGCAUUGAUCCUUCAGUUGAUGCCAUCAUGCAUUCCUCGCUUCCAAUAUUAAAAAGAUUUAUUUUGAAUGAUGAAAAUCUUGAGAUAAAAAUUAUUGGCCGUGGCUUACCACCAGAAGGAGGCGGUGAAGUGUUGUUUCGCUGUCCAAUCGUGAAUACUAUUCGUCCUGUCAAGUGUUUAGAUCCUGGAAAGAUUAAGAGGAUAAGAGGCUAUGCAUAUUCAGUUAGGGUUUCUCCUGCAAUGUCUAGUAGAAUGGUAGAUUCUGCCAAAGGUUUAUUGUUGAAGUUUCUACCUGAUGUAUAUAUUUAUACAGACCAUUACAAAGGAAAGCAUUCUGGGAAAUCACCUGGUUUUGGCUUAACUUUGAUUGCUGAAAGUACUACAGGAGUUUUCUAUUCAGCUGAAGCAAUAUCAAAGCCAUCAGGAUCAGGAGAUGAUUUUGUAGUUCCAGAAGAUGUUGCCAAACAAUCAUGUUUUAAUCUCUUUGAAGAAAUAAACAGAGGUGGUUGUGUAGAUUCGAAUAACCAGAGUUUAGUUUGCUUGUUGAUGGCUCUAGGUCCUACAGAUGUAUCAAAAUUUAAAACAGGCCCAUUGUCUCCUUAUACUAUACAAUUUUUGCGACACAUUGAAGACUUUUUACAGCUAAGAAUGAAAUUAGAAACUGAGAAAGAUGAAAAUUUGCAAUUAGGAACUCAUAAAGUUAUAGUAACAUGUAUUGGUAUAGGUUUUUCAAAUAUGAGCCGCAGUGUAUCAUAA